ACUAGAUCGUUUGCAUCGGAUGUACGCGAGAAUCAGACUCGAUCGCGGUAUAGUCUGCGAGAAGAAGGAAUUAAGGACCGUUAGGCGCGUCUAAUCAUCCUCGAGGGCCAUAAAGAGCAAUUUGACGAAGGUAGCGGGUACCGAGGAACGCAGAAACGAAAGAAGGAAAAAGAAACGAAAGACGUAUAAAGGGUUGGAGAGAAGCAGAGGCGGGUUGUCCGCAGCAUCCGGGUGGGGUGGUCGGUUGGGUGGGUGGUACGUCGGUCGAUUUUCGUGCGCUUCGACGCAGAACGGAGAGGGCGUCCUGGUCGUUUGCCCCCUCGCCGUGGCGGAGACUCGCCGAAAACAGACGGUCUUCGGGGGUGUCGAUUGGUCAGUGCGUAACUGGCGACUGUCGGUGCGGUGUGCGGGAUUCAGUGGGCUGCCAGCGGUCGCCCUGGGCACCACCUGCAUGGAUGGAGCCUACCCGUGUACCCAGGGCCCCUGGUCCGCGUCUCAUUUUCCUCGUUGCCACGCUUGCCCUCACUUUCGCAGCGACUGGAUUGUUGUGCGGUGCAAUAAUGUCGGACCAUUGGGAGGAAGUGGGCUGGGAUAAGGAGAUUUUGACCCACGCGAACGUUACUCUCACGUGGUACUUGGACGGGCAGGUGGCGAUGCUUGGAUCCGCAUCUGGCCAUAGAAAUCAUCAUUCUGGCAGGCGACCGACCUUUCUCGUGCCAAUGUAUGGCGGUAUUUGGAUCAUGUGCGUCUCGCUUACAGAGGAAGAAAUACGACUACUGGGUCAGGUAGGUUUUCCGCAAGGGAGGUGCAUUAACUACUUGACGCCCGACGAAGCACAUGAGGAGAUACGCGCCGCCUGGCAAAAUCGGAUGCAGAAUUUGAGUAUAUCCUGUUCUCUAGUUUGCUUGAUUAUUCUGAGCACCGCCGUUUUGAUUGGAUUUUUUGGAUUGUGCAGGCAUCAAAUAUCGGCGGUUCUCGUUACCGGUGUGAUGUACCUUUUGGCGGCCACGUUCGCGUUGUUCACUCUGACGAUAAUUCAUUUCAAGAGGGCCCAGGAUCGCGGAGCGCGAAUACUGGACGGCCCUGAGGAUGGUGUGAUUGGUGGACCGGCACCACGUAGCAUCCUGAAGGCUAGACGAUUCAACAGCUCCUGGAGUAUGGACUUCGGAUGGGGUGGCGUCACGCUUUGCGCCCUCGCCUCGGUGGCGUGGAUUUUGCUCAGCAAAAUAAUGCGCUUCAGUCCCAUCGCCGCUAUGAUAGCGUAGCAGU